AUGUUUCGAUACUUGAGGUUUCUCAAGAACUCCAUUAUGACAACCCCCAAGAAAUCCGUUGUGGCCAUCGUCGGCACUACGGGCGUCGGCAAGUCCAAGUUCAGUAUUGACUUGGCUCACGCCAUCAACGGUGAGAUCAUCAACGCCGACUCCAUGCAAGUGUACAAAAAACUUGACAUUAUCACCAACAAGCACCUGAUGGCGGAACGGGAGGGUGUGGCUCAUCACGUCAUGGACCAUGUCAACUGGAGUGAGGACUAUUUUAUCCAUCGGUACGCACAGGAAGCUAACGAGGCGAUAGAGCGGAUUCACGCCAUGGGAAAAAUCCCAAUCAUCAUCGGCGGCACCCACUACUAUCUCCUGAAAUUGUUGUUUAAGAACAAGACAGUGGAGGAUGGCCACGCACAACCGCUCACGGCGGCGCAAUUGGCGGUGUUGGAUGGACCGGUAGAAAGAAUUUUUGCUGAGCUCGAGCAGCACGACCCAGUAAUAGCCCAAAAAUUCCACCCCCAGGACCGACGGAAGCUACGGCGAGCGUUGGAGAUCUGGUACACGUUGAAUGAGAAGGCUAGUGACAUUUAUCGAGAGCAGAAACUCGAGGAAUUAGAGGACUCUUCGCUAAUGUAUAGCACGCUCUUUUUCUGGGUGUACAGCGACCCGGACGUGCUACGGGACCGGCUCGACGUGCGCGUGGACCUGAUGCUCGCGGCGGGCGCGGUGGACGAGAUCCGCGAGCUCUUUAAGUUCUACCGUGCGCAGUCACCGCCGCCCACGCUAACGAGCGGCAUAUGGCAGGUGAUUGGAUUUAAGGAAUUUUUGGGGUGGCUCGAAGCCCCCGAUGGUGAUACCACCGCCAAAAUCAAGUUGUGGGAGGAGGCAGUCGAGCGGAUGAAGAUCCGCACACGCCAAUACGCCAAAUCCCAGGUCAAGUGGAUCAAAAAGCUUCUCUCGGUUGAGCUCAUGAAGGAACAGCGAUUUGGGUUCAGGAAUGGCGGCAAACUCUACUUGCUUGACGCGACCGACUUGUCGCAGUGGGGCGAGAGAGUGCAGUCGCGGGGCGUGGGUAUCGCGCGGAAGUUUGUGGGCGGCGGGCCUGGUGCCGUAGACGUGGACCAGAAACCCGACACCAUCCAAGAAGGGAUCUUUCCAGAGGAGAAGGAUACAGCCAUCGUCAAUAGCAACAAAAGGUUGGAAUCAAGUAACAACUGGCAGCAUUUUUCCUGUAAUAUUUGCAAAGAUAAACUGGGAAACCCGGUGGUGGCGGUGGGAAAGGACAAAUGGGAGCUCCAUGUGAGCAGCAAACGCCACCGCCGGAAUGCGACCCGCCCGCACAAGCGGCCGCGUGUGGGGAGCGAGCCCGUCUAUGAAGGAGAGCCUAAGGACUCAAACCUUAAUUAAUAAUUGAUCCCCGUUUAAAUCCUCAACUACCCACAUCUCUUAUUGCCCGUGUAUUCUACAUCCUUCUAUAAGUACAUUCUAUAAAUCAUAAUUCGUUAGCUUUAGUCAACUUUAAGUUGAUUUCGUUCAACUUGGAGUCGAUCUGGUUGAGCUGGCAGGUUUUUUGCAAACUCAAGUUGUUCAAGUCAUCACUAGAACACCAACCACUUUUAACAAGCCGAUUUCUCGUCAAGUUGAACGUCUCGCUGAUGACGUUCUUCUCGUUCACCAAGUAGUUGAAGAAAUUCAUGAGGUUGGUAUGGUCGUCAUCACUGACGUAUCCGUUGAGGUUGCCAAAGUAGUUUUGUUCAAUCUUCAUUAAGUAGUCGUCUUUGCUGCUACUCAAUUUGUCCGACAACGUAAUAAUGGGCGAUGAGAACGGAGGGGUUGUAGGCGUGUGACACUUGAGUUUUGAAUCGUAGGUGGCGUUGGACCCGUUACUAUCUUGGCUCAAGGUCUUGAAAUGGCUCUGCAAUGGAUUCACCUGUGGUCUCUCGUGGGGCACUGUGACAGCGGCGGCGGGGGUGGUAGUGGCAGCGGUGGUACCAAAGAGCCCCGAGUUGAUGGUGGUACUCGAAGUUAUGGGUGCGGUGGCAGCGAUAUUGGUGGAUGACUUCGACAAGGACAACUUUCUCAUCGUCUGCUUGAAGCUCUUGAGACGGCGCAAUGGUGAGGUGUUGUUACUGUUGUCCUUAGCACCCAGGUUGGAGGUGGAGUUGGUGGUGGAGUUGGAAAUGGUGGGAAAAAGUUGGCUGUUGUCCAAGGUGAUGCUGGGACUGUCCAACUCGUAAGUCGACAAUGAACUGUGAUAAUUCUGAUAGAAAAACUGGUUUUCUUCAAAGGUGCCGUUGUUCUCCAACGAGCCAGGCCCACCUUUGUCACUGGCGGAGUUUUCUGCGUCGUCCAUGUCUUCGUCUUUGAGCGACCCCAGCGAUGUCAACGACUCAUUCAAAUCAUUUAUGUCGGGCAAUGGUGGCAACAAUAUCUCAGAGUUUUCGACCGCCCCGUACUCCCGGUGGGCGCCGGUGGCGGAUUCCUCGAGUACAAUACCCAAUCCUGUCAUGUUAAAGGUAGUUUAUGUGGAAAUGAUAUGUAUAACUUUUGGCGCUGAAAAAUAAAGUGGAAUGAUUUGGAAUUAUGGGUACACGAUGAGUUACAAUGGCGUGGAUUUCGAUGAAUAUGUUGUUGUUAUGGAUUGGAAAGGAUAAGUAAGGGGUUGUAUAAAUACUGGUAAAUUGAGAAAAGUAUGAACUAAGGAAAGAAACGGAUUGUUACUUAUAAGACCAAAUGCAACUGAGUGAAAAAUAUGUCCCCAAAAAAAUAUCAGCUUAAUUCCCUGAAAAUAAAAUAAAAUUAAUAAAACCAAAUUGGAUAAAGGAGUGUUUUCUCAUUUCAUGUGAGCCAAUAGCUACUUGAGCGAAACAAAGAAUGCACAUGGAAAUAAAGUACAACUUUGAUUCCUAUGCCCAAGCAGACCGUUGUAAAAUUUUCAAGUGGUAGAUAUAAUAUGGAAUGACAUAUCAUUCUGUUACAUAGGUGAACCCAUCAAAUUGUAAGAUGAUGACUUGCAAUAUUGAUGGCCAUUGAUGGUUGUCAGUGCCUCUCA